CACAGGAGAAUUCGUUUACCACAGGCCUUUGAGACUCUUCCUCUAGUUGGAGUUCUGGACUUUAACAGAACCCUGUCCAGUCAUUUUGGUUUUGUUAUAUAUAUAUAUAUAUUUUUUCCUCUUUUUACUUUCCCCACCACCUUGUAUUUUGUUUCUGUACUUCAGAAAUGGGCCUACAGACCACACAGUGGCCCAGUCAUGGGGCUUUUUUCCUGAAAUCUUGGCUUCUCAUCUCCCUGGGGCUCUACUCACAAGUGUCAAAAAUCUUAGCGUGCCCUAGUGUAUGCCGCUGCGAUAGGAACUUUGUCUACUGUAAUGAGCGAAGCUUGACCUCAGUGCCUCUUGGGAUCCCGGAGGGCGUAACCGUACUCUACCUCCACAACAACCAAAUUAAUAAUGCUGGAUUUCCUGCAGAACUGCACAACGUCCGGUCCGUGCACACGGUCUACCUUUAUGGCAACCAAUUGGAUGAAUUCCCCAUGAACCUUCCCAAGAACGUCAAAGUUCUCCAUUUGCAGGAAAACAACAUUCAGACCAUUUCACGGGCUGCUCUGGCCCAGCUCUUGAAGCUCGAGGAGCUUCACCUGGAUGACAACUCGAUAUCCACAGUGGGGGUGGAAGACGGGGCCUUCCGGGAGGCUAUUAGCCUCAAACUGUUGUUUCUAUCCAAGAAUCACCUGAGCAGUGUGCCUGUGGGGCUUCCUGUGGAUUUGCAAGAGCUGAGAGUGGAUGAAAAUCGAAUUGCUGUCAUAUCAGACAUGGCCUUUCAGAACCUCACGAGCUUGGAGCGUCUGAUUGUGGACGGCAACCUCCUGACCAACAAGGGCAUUGCCGAGGGCACCUUCAGCCAUCUCACCAAGCUCAAGGAAUUUUCAAUUGUUCGGAAUUCACUCUCCCACCCCCCUCCUGAUCUCCCAGGUACACAUCUGAUUAGGCUCUACCUGCAGGACAACCAGAUCAACCACAUCCCUUUGACAGCCUUCUCAAGUCUGCGCAAGCUAGAACGGCUGGAUAUAUCCAACAACCAACUGCGCAUGUUGACUCAAGGGGUCUUUGAUAAUCUCUCCAACCUGAAGCAGCUCACUGCUCGGAAUAACCCCUGGUUUUGUGACUGCAGCAUUAAAUGGGUCACGGAAUGGCUCAAAUACAUCCCUUCAUCUCUCAACGUGCGAGGUUUCAUGUGCCAAGGGCCCGAGCAAGUCCGGGGGAUGGCUGUCAGGGAGCUGAAUAUGAAUCUUUUGUCCUGCCCCACCACGACCCCUGGGCUGGCUGUCUUUACCCCGGCCCCAAGUACAGCCUCUCCAACGACUCAGCCCCCCACCCUCUCUGUCCCUACCCCCAGCAGAAGCUAUACACCCCUGACUCCCACCACCGCCAGACUGCCUACAAUUCCUGACUGGGACGGCAGAGAAAGAGUGACACCGCCUAUUUCUGAACGGAUCCAACUCUCUAUCCAUUUUGUGAACGACACGUCCAUUCAAGUCAGCUGGCUCUCUCUCUUUACUGUGAUGGCGUACAAACUCACAUGGGUGAAAAUGGGCCACAGUUUAGUAGGGGGCAUUGUCCAGGAACGCAUAGUCAGCGGUGAGAAGCAGCACUUGAGCCUGGUUAACCUAGAGCCCCAAUCCACCUAUCGGAUUUGUUUGGUGCCCCUGGAUGCUUUUAACUACCGAGCUGUGGAAGAUACCAUUUGUUCUGAGGCCACCACCCAUGCCUCCUAUUUGAACAAUGGCAGCAACACUGCUUCCAGCCAUGAGCAGACGACUUCCCACAGCAUGGGCUCCCCUUUCCUGCUGGCGGGCCUGAUCGGGGGUGCAGUGAUAUUCGUGCUCGUGGUCUUGCUCAGUGUCUUUUGCUGGCACAUGCACAAAAAGGGGCGCUACACGUCCCAGAAGUGGAAAUACAACCGGGGCCGGCGGAAAGACGACUAUUGCGAGGCAGGCACCAAGAAGGACAAUUCCAUCCUGGAGAUGACCGAAACCAGCUUUCAGAUUGUCUCCUUAAAUAACGAUCAGCUCCUUAAAGGAGAUUUCAGACUGCAGCCCAUUUACACCCCAAAUGGGGGCAUUAAUUACACAGACUGCCAUAUCCCCAACAACAUGCGAUACUGCAAGAGCAGUGUUCCAGAUCUGGAGCACUGCCACACGUGACCGCCUGAGGCCCGGCGUCAGGAAGGCGGACAGUGAGACUCUGGCGACCACACACGUGUGUACACAGAGAGACACGCGAAUUACAUUUGAUAAAUGUUACCCAGAUGCAUUUGUGCAUUUGAAUACUCUGUAAUUUAUACGGUGUACUAUAUAAUGGGAUUUAAAAAAAAAAGUGCUAUCUUUUCUAUUUCAAGUUAAUUACAAACAGUUUUGUAACUCCUUGCUUUUUAAAUCUUAAAAAAAAAAAAUAGUCGCUGAAGUACUGUACAGGGUUGUACAAUGAGAACCCAACGCCGAGGCAAAAGACGGAGUGAUUCUUCCUCAUGAUGCACAUUAACCAUUUUGCUGUGGAAGCUGUCAGAAUAAAUUCCUUUCUUACAGUCGGUGGUCAGAUGAAAGGGCAGAUUAGAAUGAACUCAUCAGGGUAGGCUAAGUGAUGUGGGUAAAACAAGAAAUGGCCCAGAUACCUUCAUGCUAUUUCUGCACUUCCUGAUCUGGAAGAGAAGUUAAAAAUCUCGAAAUAUCAGAAAGGAGGUAGUUACCCUGAUUUGACCCAAAGCAGGAAAUAUAGAAAAGCAUCACGAGGAAGCCCGUUCCUGUAAGAUAAGUUAACCCAACCCGGCAGAAUCCAGCAAGUGACAUGUUUGGAAAAGAACUUCAAACCCGGGCAUUGGCUUUCUGACCAGGAGCUUAAAAAUCACUCCUCAUGCUUCCCUGAUUCUAUGUGAUAACAGAGUUAGAGACUUGAGUCUGAUUUCGGUCAUCUUCAGGGACAGGUAGGAUGUUCCAGCAAGAAAACUCCCUUUAAAAGUGUUACUAUUCAAAUCAUAUGUCAGGUUGAAUCACAUUCAACAGAGAUAUAUUCUAGAAUACUUUUUUAGAAGAGGCUAAUAAAAUAACGGGAAGAAUUAUAUUGAAUGGAAUUAUUUUUGAUAAUGAGAAUUAUUUGGGUUAGAUUCACUGCAGCUAUGUCAACAUGAUAUUUAGACCAACAAG